UACGUAUAUAAAGUGGCCGGGGCGAGACCGCGGGUUCAGAAUACUCGACACGCUCGAUCCACGCAUCGGGUGACAACUAGCGCCCGACCACGGACCCAGCCCAGACAGAAGAAGGAAGAGAGAAGAGGCGCCAGCAGUGUGCCCUCGACCCAGCUUCCGGUCUACGCUCCAGAGGAUCCGAAUCGAGAGGAACACGAUGAAGGCGAUCCUGGCAUUCCUGUUGGUUUUCUUCGCGGCGACCUGCCUGGCGAACCCGCUCGAGAAGCUCGACAAGAUGAACACGCUCGAGCAGUCGUCGACGGUCACGGACCGUGCCAAGUACGAGGAGGAGCUGCUCCGUAAACUGAACUCGAACUGUUCCCAAAACCACCUGAGCAGCUGCGUGAUGCUGAAGCUGGUGACGAACAUGAACAAGUUUCUGAAGAAGGCGUCGAUCGAGUUGACGGACGACAUCGAGAUCAGAAAAACCAGCCAGGUGUCCGAGGAGGUGGUAACCUUCGAGGCGGGCAGGAGCAAAGACGACGAGUCCGAGGUCCUUGACCUUGUCGCGAGCAAAGUGUACGCGUUCAUCAGGUCCAGGAGCAUUAAGUGGAGGAUUCUCCCUGAGGACGACAUCGUGGUCUCCGCCUCGGAAGAUGAGAACGGUUCUUUGAACCUCAGCCUCUCCAUCGAGCGGGCUGACAACAUUGCUGUUCAGGAUGGUCGCGGGAAGAAGAACAACAACCUUGGACCCCUAAUCGCCGCGGCGGUCUUGAAGAUAGGUCUGAUCGGAGGCCUGGUCUUCAAAGCUUUAGCAAUACUGGUCGGCAAGGCGUUGCUACUCUCCAAGGUCGCUCUUCUCCUGGCUGGAAUCAUCGGACUGAAGAAGCUGUUCUCACAUCAGAAGCAUGUCACAUACGAGGUCGUCGCGCAUCCACACCACAGCUCCAGCCACACCUUCAGCGGCGAGCACGGUGGCCACGGGGACAGCUACAGCAGCGGCUGGGCGAGGAGCUUCCACGGUCAGGGACCCAUUCCUGGACAGGCCGACGCCCACGAAUUGGCCUACUCGGCGCAUGUCAAGUGAAGAUAGCAGUCUGACCCCCGGGCCCCGAUUUCGCGACGAUCGAACGCGACUUUUGGACACGGAUGGGUCGAUUUUGUUACUCAGACGACGCUUGCCAGCACCUUCUUGCCUUCUUUUUAGUAUUUAAUUCUUCCGCCCGCGCUCCGGGCCCGUACUUCCUCUACCGCUGAUCUUGCUGCCCGCCUCUCUGGUCUGAAAUGUUCUCACUUUUAUUGACACGGACCCGACACUGUGACUCACGCGAUCGAAGACAUUUCGUUUAGACAUUUCAGGGAAGAGACUGUAAAAAGGAGGACCUCCGAAGUCUGAUCAAGAUAUUCGAAACUGAAAGGAUUUGAUUCGACGGCGAAGACGAUCGAGGACUUUGACUGUAUUCUUUAACGGAACUUAGAUGUACUCCGCGGCUGUACAGCGUACUGUUUCAUCGUCUUUUAAUCCUAUUUAUUUCAUUACGAUGUUCGACAUCGAAAGGGCUUGCGACUCGAUUAGACAGCGACGCUCGAAAGUUCGGCACUCGAUGCAACGUUUUACCAAAAAUUAAAUUUCGUAGAUUUUCUAGGCGCUUAAGGAUCUAGAACGAUAUUUUAAGUCGAACUCUCCGAAGCUUUGUAAGAUUAUGGAAAUUUGUUGUUUCGCUCUGGGUGUGUGAAAACGAUCGAUUUCACGGACGGACAGCACAGUUCGCUGAAUCGACGGUUAUCGAAAAAAACAAAACAAUGUUCUUCUUCGUUGUCACGACUAAUCGACGAAUCGAAUCGACGACCGACAGACGAACGCACCGCUCCCAUUAACACGAAAGAACUAUUUGUACGAACGCGCGCGAACCUUGUAUCUAUACACGAUCGAUAUUAUUUAUACUUAAUUUAUUCCGAUCGCCGCGAGGCGCGGACUGUACCAUAAUGUACUCACGUUGUUUUCUCUUGUAUAAAUAAAUAUUUAUUGUUUUUUGUAA